AUGUCGAGGGGGCACCUGAGCAAUGGCGAUUUCUUCCUGCGCCUCUCCGAGCUCUUCGACGAGCGCAGAAAGAAAGACCAUGGAAGCAUCUUCCUGGUUCAAAAACGCAUGUCGUAUGGCGAAGAAGCCGACGACGACGACUCACCAGCCACCAAGACCGAAACCGAGAGGCCCUUCCCCGACCAGAGCCCGUCCAAACCGCUACCCAUCAUUAUCCGGGCGACGAACGGCAAAUCCAAGAAAAAUCGCGCCAAGAAGGUCAAGCUUUCUACGGUUGUUGAGGCCGAUGCUUUAGAGGCUUUCUUUGCCAAAUAUGCGGAGGUGUGCAAGCUGGGUAUGUCGGGGCUGAAGAAGAGGGAUAGGAGUAAGGCGAAGGAGAAGCUAAAGGCAAAGAAGAGGAAGCAGCAGGGCGCGGCGGGCGUGGCGGGCGCUGAGGCCAAGAAGGACUAG